AGGUAAUUAGUUUUGCCUUAGCCCGGGCGUCGUAAUGGUGGUGAAGAGACGCGUCGCACAGGCUGCUUUGCUCGACGGCUUCGAUGGCGUUGCGAGAAGAGGCCAGGUAAAGGUGUUGGAACCGCUUCGGGAGCUACGCAACCGUCGAGUGCAACCACGGAAUCGCGCACUUGAGAUUGGCGCCGCGCUUCUGAGGGGAUUUGUCUUGGUUCACGUGCUGCUACACCUUCACAUCGACUUGGGUGUGUCGGAGCCAACAAUGCAGGACGAGAGGAAGGAGAAUUGCUGGACGUGGCAGGGUGAAGGUGCGAGUGGUAGUGAGCUUAGGAGUGCUUCCCCGUUCGGGAUGCCGCUAAGCAGGGGUGAGUUGAGGCGCUGCGGCGGGUAGGAUGCAUCACACAAGGCGGAUGAUUAUAUUUCCUCUAUGCAGUCAUGACAUCAAUUCCCUUCUCUGUCUAUCUUGU